UUGAUUGCUUGAGAAGCACUCCAUCAACACUCAACCAUCAUCUGAUUGACACAUGGAUUGAGCUGUUUGCAGCUCCGGAGCAGCGAAAUAUCCUCCCUUUUUCGAAACACACCAUUUUCGUUGUACUCACGCCACCUCACCCACGUCAUUGUGUCAACAUAACUCGCUCGUGAUGGCUCAAACCACAGCGCCUGCUGUGGCGACGGGCCCCAUCCUGGAUGUCAGCCAACCGACAAGAACAUCCAACAAGCUCGAGGAUCAGGCAGCCAUUGCUGCUUUAUAUGUCACCAAAUACGACAAUGCCUCCAAGACCGGUCGUGCAGCAGCCUCCCUCAAAUACGCCCAAGCCCAAGAUUUGCCCUCGUUCCCUUCCGCCGGAUUGAAGAACGGUGAUUCAGCUGCUGGUGCUGCCGCCAGUCUUGGGUGGGCAAACCAGAAGGCCUUCGAACAUUGGAAACCAGAUCCCUCAGCUUCCGCCUCUGCCGCUGCAGUUCUUGCGAAGGAUUACAAGAUGGCUCCUCUCUGGCAACCGGAACAGAGCACCAAUGGUGCAAAGGCUGCGCUUUUGGCUCAUAGGGAUGGCGGAAAAGUGGAGAUUUGGAAGCCAGAGGCUUCGCUCUGGGGAAAUUCUGCUGCGAACCAGGCAUUCCAGAAGGAUCGAGCUGGUGGAUUGUCCCCGCAGUUGGAUUAUGGACAUACAGCUCUCGGUCGUCAGGGCUCACUCCUGGCUGCGACGGGAGCCAUGUCAACAAGCAGGAAGAGAGCAGAAUCGACGCCAAUCCCUUCCUCAUUUGUCGAGAGAUACCCAGAUGAGUCAAAUGCGACAACGAAUGCCCUGAGCGCUGCGACUUCUGCAUCGAAGAAUAGAAAACGAACGAGUGUUACAUCAGAGGGUGGAGCAGUUCCAUUUACGGUAAUGUCGAGGGAGAUGUAUACUUCGAAUCCUCCUGUAGCUCCUGAGGUCGAUGAGCAGAAUAGACAAGCUACUCUUCAUGCUUCAGCCAUCGCCAUGGCUAAGCAAAUGUACAACCAUCAGCAAAAGCAAAUCGAUGCUACUUCCGCUGCUCACCGUGGCGCAAUGGCAGCCCACCAUCGGAGGCCCUCGUCCGUCGAAUCAGCAGAUGAGAUACAGCCUAUGCGAUUCAACAAUCUGCAAGAAGCUGCCCAAAAGCUUGCCCAGGAGCGUCUGGCCAGACUCCAUGAUGAGCAUGCAAAGAAUCGGGAGUACCGUGAUUAUUAUGGAAACACUCCAAAGCCGCAAUCCAGACUAUCAAUUCGCGGCCGGACUCGACGACGUGCAUCUAGUGAUGGUAGUAUGGAUGAGGACAGGGAGCAGUCCAACAAGAUCCGAGCCCAGAUGUCUCUGUUCUCCAGUAAUAUAUCGCAAGUGGAUUCGAAGAAGAGGCAACAAGACCGAGAGGCGUUGAUUGCAGCUGCUCAACGCAACGUCACCAAGAGUCUGCAUGGGAUGGACGAGAAGGUGUUUGCGGAUACCGGCAAAGUGGCCCCUUCCCUUCUUAGCGAGUGGGAAGUCAAAGCACACGCUGCUGCCCAAGCCAAGAGCGAUACCCGGAUGGAAAAUUAUGGCAAGGUCAACAUUGGUGGAGGAAAGUUCAUGAAUCAGAGUGCGGUAGAUUUAGUGGCCCAGAGAAAUGUGCAGCCAGUUUUGGAUGAGAUCAAUGAGAAGGCUGAAGCUGAGAGGGAACGAGUAGCAGCGGCGAAGUUGGAGCAAGAAACACAGGCGAGAAAAGAAGCCGAGCAGAAAGCACGUGGGAGAGAGAAGAAAGAGAUUGAUAGGAAGUUGAAGCAGCAAAGCAAAGACGAGCAGAAGUCAGCCGCGGCAGAGGCAAAGGCUGCAAAGAGAGAAGAAAACCUAGCUGCGAAAGAGAAGAGAAAGUCUCUGAAAUCUGGAGAGGCUGUAACCGCAGGACCAGCUACGGAACCAGAGACGACGGCAGAAGCUACUACUGUUGCUCCGGCCACCAUAGCAGAUGAAGCACAUGCGACAAUCGCGGAGCGCCGUGCAGUCGCCUCAACACUAAUUCCCAUCCCAACAUCGAUGGAGGACCAAGUAAGUAUGCGUAUGCGGGAGACCGCUGACGCCGCGAACAAAGAUGAGAGUACGCCUCUGUCUCCUAGCUCGCCAGGCGAUGGCAGCAAAGUCAAGAACUGGCUGAAAACCAAAUUCUCCCGCCGGAUGAGCAAACCUCAGAAGCCUUCCGCCACUGAAAAGGAGAAAGAACCUGAGAAAGCUUUUGUUGGCGGUGCUGCACUCACUGGAGCAAGCGCAAAUAACAGUACCACGAGCCUCGGAGCAAAGCCCUCUUCGGUUCGAGAUGUGGCUAUGGCUGGGAAAGCUAAGGAGCAAGAGGCGGAGCCAGAACCAGAAGAAAGGGGCAGAGGAAAAAGGAGAGAUAGCGAAGUCAGUGCGUUAAGCGAGCCCGUUGGAGAUAUCGAUGAGGAGGAAUUCCAGGAGGCGAGAGACAAUUUUGAUGAGGACCUUGCACCUCCUCCUACCUUUGUUGCAGAGAAGAGCAUUAGUCCUGCGCGCUCCGCAAGAUUUCACGAGGAGAUCUAAGUUGGCGGGCGAAAUGCUGGAAAUAGAGGUUGAGUUU